CUGCCCGGUUCCCCAGAAGGAAGAUGCGGCUCUUAAUGGAAGUUGUUCCCGCUACCCGGAGGAGCUCAUGGCUGUUUCCCAUCCUCCGUUCCAUUUGGGGCUUCGUGAUAGCUUCAUCGCUUGUUAACGCUGGACCUACAUACCUAGUGGCAGUUCCUAAAAUAAUCCGACCUGGAGCAAAUCUAACUAUUGGAGUUCGGCUGUUGAAGGAAAGCCCUUCAAGCAUUACAAUACAAGCACAAGUACUCUUGGCAAAUAAAUCCAUAUUACAAGGAGAAGCAGUCUUUCAAAGAGAUUCCUUUAAGACAUUAGUCCUUCCAUCUCUCCCAUUGGGCAGUACUGAUGCCUUUUAUGAGUUAUUAGUGAAUGGAUAUUCAAAAGAACAACUGCUGUUUUCUAACCGUACAAUACUGCCAUUUGCAAGCAAAAGUUUUUCAGUCUUCAUCCAGACUGACAAGGCAAUGUAUAAACCAGGACAAGAUGUGAAAAUACGGGUUGUUACUCUGCAUUCUGACCUCAAACCAUAUAAUACCCCUGUAAAUAUAUACAUUCAGGAUCCUCAGCGAAAUUUGAUUCAGCAAUGGUUGACACAGAAUGGAAAACUGGGCAAGAUCACUAAGUGUUUCAAGUUAUCCAAACAUCCUCUCUUGGGGGAUUGGUCUAUAGAGGUUCAAGUAAAUGAUCAAGCCUAUUAUCAAUCAUUUGCAGUAAUGGAAUAUGUGGCACCAAAGUUUGAAGUCUCUUUAACAACACCUACGUAUUAUUCUAUGCAAAGUAUGUUGAAUGGCACUAUCACAGCAAAGUACGUAUAUGGAAAACCUAUGAAAGGAAAGGUCACUAUUGAUUUCUUUUCAUUGUUUCGAACACAGAACACAAAGAUAACUAAAAUAAUGGAGAUUAAUGGUUCUUUAAACUUUGCACUGGAGAGUUCAGAGAUAAAAGAUAUAACUGUCAGAGAUGAGGAUCUAUUGCACCCAACACCUAUAGAAAUUAUAGCUGUUGUUACGGAAUCUCUUACAGGAAUCUCCCAAAAUGCAAGUGCAACAGUAUUUCCACAGCUGCAUGAUUAUGUAUUAGACUUUUUUGAGUAUCCAAGAUUCAUGAAGCCUUCUCUGAACUUCAUUGCUAUGCUGAAAGUAAGAAGAACUGAUAAUCAUCCACUAACAUCUGUUGAACAAAAGAAUAAUGUCACAAUCAGGGUCACACAGUCAAAAAUUUCUUAUUGGCUAUAUGAAAAUGAAUUGCAGAAAAAGAACACAGAUUAUGAGCUAAACUAUCCUGUUCCAGAAGAUGGGAUUAUUCAGAUUGAGCUUCCAGUUUCAGCUAAUACAACAGUUUUGCAUAUUAAGGCUGAAUUUCUGGAGAGUCAGACUUCCAUAAGGAUACAUGAGGUGUUCUACUCACCCAGUUUGUCUUACCUUCAGAUUAAAAAAACAAGCAAGGAUUUAAAAGUUGGGAUACCUUUGGAACUCAGCGUUCAGAGCAGCAUUCCAUUGAAUGAGAUCAAUUAUAUGGUGAUGUCCAGAGGUCAGAUUGUGGAUGCAGGGAAAAAGAAGACCACAACAUUAAGUUUAAUUCCAGAAAAUUCUUGGGCUCCUAUGGCUUGCAUAAUUGUCUUCUAUGUGCAUGAUAAUGGGGAAAUAAUAAAUGAUGCUCUACAUAUUCCUGUUCAACCGGCUUUUAAAAAUCAGAUUAACAUGCAGUGGAGUAAAAAUAAAGCUGGACCUGCUGAGGAUAUCACCCUCAAAAUCAAAGUGACAGAACCCCAGACCUCAGUUGGACUUUUAGUUAUUGACAAAAGUAUAAAUUUGUUGGGAAAAAGAAAUGAUAUCACAGAGGAUGCUAUACACCAUGAGCUAAAUUUAUAUGAUAUAAAACCAUCUUAUGGGGAAACUGGAAAUGCUUUCAGCGUCUUUCAGAAUAACAAUCUCUGGAUAUGGACUGAUGCCAACCUUUCAGAACAUGAGGACUAUGACGUUGUACCGCUACUGGAUUAUGAAAUUUUUUAUGACAUGGAUAGCCUAUCUGUAUUCCAUGACUAUAACCCAGCACUGAAUGACGGUGAUCUCCAUGUGAGGAAGAAUUUUCCAGAGACUUGGCUUUGGCAGGAAAUAAUGACAAGAUCUACUGAAGCAACAAUAAAUGUUACUGUUCCUGAUACCAUUACAUCCUGGGUAGCCAGUGCAUUUAUAAUAUCUGAAAAUCUUGGAUUGGGUGUGAUGAAAAUACCCAUUGAGUUAGAAGUCUUCCAGCCUUUUUUUGUUUCCUUAAAUCUUCCUCCUAGUGUCAUAAGAGGAGAACAAUUUAUAUUGGAAGUAAACAUCUUCAAUUAUUUGAAAGAAAGCACUGAGGUAACAGUUACCCUUGAAACGAGUGAUAGCUUUGAAAUUUUUGUUAUCUCUAAUGAUAUAAAUGCCAUUGGAAACCAACAUACUGUUUGGAUACCAAGUGAAGAUGGGAAGACCGUUUUCUUUCCGAUUAAGCCAAAGCAGAUUGGCGAAAUUCCCAUCAGAGUGACGGCAAUAUCACCCAUUGCUUCUGAUGCUAUUCUCCAGAGACUAUUAGUGAAGGCUGAAGGAUUAGAACAAACUUACUCAGAGACAGUUCUUUUGGACUUAUCCAAAAGAACUAAUCUUACGGAAAUUUUGAAUUUCAAUUUCCCCUCUGAUGUAGUUCCUGGCAGUGAAAGAGUGCAAGUUACAGUUACUGGUGACAAACUUAGUUCCUCUAUCAGUGGUUUGGAGUCACUAGUCAAGAUGCCUUAUGGUUGUGGAGAACAAAACAUGAUUAACUUUGCACCUAAUAUUUAUAUUCUGGAUUAUUUGAGUAAAACAGGCAACCUCCAAACCCAAUUUAAAUCAAAAAUUGUGUCUUAUAUGAGAGAAGGUUAUCAAAGAGAGCUUCUCUAUAAAAGACCUGAUGGUUCUUUCAGUGCCUUUGGAAACAGUGAUCCCUCUGGGAGUACGUGGUUAUCAGCUUUUGUAUUAAGAAGUUUCAUUCAAGCACGACCAUACAUUGAUAUUGAUCCAUAUAUCCCGGAAAGAACAGCUGCUUGGAUCCUGAGUCAUCAGAAAUUCAGUGGAGAAUUUGAGGAGCCUGGACGAGUUCUAAAUACCGAGCUUCAAGGAGGCACUAGUGAUUCUGUUUCACUGACAGCUUAUAUCUUGACUGCUCUAUUAGAAUAUCAGUUCAGUGAGAAUGAUAAACCUAUAAAAAAAGCGCUGGGUUUUCUUGAAUUUCAAUGGAAUAACGUCAUAUUGGAUAAUCAUACGCUGGCUCUUGUGACUUAUGCAUUAUCACUUGCCAAAAGUACAGCAGCAAAGGGAGCUCUCGACAAACUGAACGAGAGAUCAGAACGACAAGGAGAAUUAAGGUUCUGGACAUCACCAUCUUCUGGACUCUCCAGCUCCUGGCAGCCACGUUCUGCAGAUAUUGAAGUUGCAGGUUAUGCUCUCUUAUCUCAUUUUAUUCAACAAAGACUGUUAGAGGGGAUUCCAAUUAUGAAAUGGCUAAGCAAGCAAAGAAAUCACCUGGGAGGUUAUUCUUCAACACAGGACACUAUAGUGGCUCUGCAAGCCUUGACUACCUUUGCGACACUUACAGCUGAUUCUGUGACAGAAAUAGAUGUGACAGUGAAUGGAUCCAUGGAAGAAAAUCCAACCGUUUUCCGAAUUGAUCAUGAAAACCGUUUUGUUCUCAAGACCAAAGAGUUUCCAGCUGCACAGCCUAUUAGAGUUACAAUUACUGCAAAUGGCCGUGGUUUUGCUAUUUUUCAGCUCAAUGUUAUAUACAAUGUGAAAAAUUCACAUACCAGCAAAAGGCGUAGAUCUGCACAAAAUCAAGAAGCCUUUGACUUAGAUGUCUAUGUAAAGGAUGACAAAGAAGACAUAAAUAGCUUAACUUUAAAUGUGUGCACCAGAUAUCUGGGUACUGGCUCAUCUUCAAGGACCGGCAUGGCUCUCAUGGAGAUUGGAUUACUGAGUGGCUUCUCUCUGUCACCCAGUUUUGUGUCAUUAGUUGACCCGGUUAAAAAGGUGGAAAAAGAGGAAGGCAAAAUCCAUUUAUAUCUGGACUCUUUAAACGAAACACAAGUUUGUGUGGACAUUCCAGCUGUGAGAGACUUCAAAGUGGCGAAUACCCAGGAUGCUUCAGUAACUGUGAUGGAUUAUUAUGAACCUAGGAGAAGAACAGUGAAAAGCUACAAUUCCCGGGUGAUGCAGAGUUUGUCAUCUUGUACUUUCUGUGAAGACGAUGAAUGUAAUUUUUGUAAAACAGAUGGCUCCUUAUCCAUUUCUCUCUCUUUGGAAUUGUUAGUUCUGCUAGUGCUGUCAACUUGCUAUGUUGUUGCCUGAUUUAAUAACUGGGUGACUGACGCUUAUUGCACUGCUGAGAAUACCAUUGAUUGUAUUUUCCUGCAUUAGGAGAGUCUGGACCCUGUGAAAAUUGACUUAUGGGUUUAAACCAUGGGUUUAAACCAUAAACCAAAUUCUGUGCAAGAAUUUGCAUUUCAAAUUAAGUAAGGGUAAAUUGCUUGGAAUGGAAAACUUUUCACAUUUGUACCAUUUUUAUUUUCAUUGGCAUCUUCUAUACUGGUGUUUCUCACCCUUGGCAAUUUUAAGAUGUGUGGGCUUCAAAUCCCAGAAUUCCCCAGACAGCAAAUCCACACAGUAUAAAAUUGCCAAGAUUGAGAAACACUGUUCUUUAUCUAUUAAAUGCUUAGGGACUAGCUGCAAAAUCUUAUAUACUGCAUAUGUUUGCCUAGUAAUAGGUCUGAAGGGCUCUUUACUUUUAAUAAGUGUAUUAAAGGCAACCUAAACUAUUUUCUCCAGUGAAAUACGGGAGGAUCCAGACUCUAACCUUUGCUCUGGAUUAGAUAAUGUUAAAUUAAAAUUAAAUUGAUUUGUCUAAAACUUUAAUCAUUUUUUAAUUUAAAGCAUGUCUGAAUGAGGCCAAACUGAUAUUCAGCAAAAAACUAAAAUGGAGUAUAUAUUUUUUAUUAGUUUCUUAUUUUUAUAGUAAGUGUGAGUGUUUUUUAAAGGAUUUUUUGUUUUGUUUUAGUACUUACACAAUAUAUUAUUUAAGCCUUACAUCCCUAAUUUAUGGGAUUUAGUUUAAGGUACAUUUCAGGAUCUAAAUUACUUUUAUAUGCAUUGAUUGUACAAUGUGCACAUAAGGAGACAUACUAAAUUACAGCUAAAAAACCCAUUUCAAGGAGCUGGCCAUAAUUCAUACUUGAAUAGUCACAUUAUAAAAAAUGCUUAAAAUGUGCUAAAAACAAAAUAUGCCUCAUUAUGUGUUGGAGCGCAUGAUUUUUGUAUGUAUGUUAAAGGUAAAUAUAAGAAAGCAACAGAUUUAUAAUAUGAUAAAGGCUUCUUUUUAAUUAGAAAUUUUGUAUUUUCUUUUACAGUAUGACAUUUAUUGCUUGCCCUAAUUGUUGCUAGAGUGUAAGAUAAAGCAGUUUAGUGGCUUGCUUCAAACUGAACCCAUCUUGUCCUGCCAAUCCUAUGGACAAAAAAACAAAAGCUGUUAUUAAACUAGAAGACUAGCCCAAUAGAAACUCUACCUCUGAAGAAUUUUAAUGUGGUGCAAACUUAAUGAUAAGUUACUCAGAGAUAGAACACCUUGCAGAACAAGAAAGACUAGCAGUAGGUAGUCCUCAACUUAAAAUCAUUCGUUUAGUGACUAUUACAACUGCACUGAAAAAAGGGAAUGACUUAUGUCCAUUACAACAUCCCUGUAGUCAAAUGAUCAGUAUUUGGAUGCUUGGCAACUGGCAUGUAUUUAUGAUGAUUGCGAGUGACCUGGGGUCAUAGGAUAACCUCUGAUGACCUUCUGACAAGCAAAGUCAAUGUGGAACCCUGAUUCACUUAACAUGUUACUUAAGCAAGAAAAGUUGUAAAAUGGGGCAAGUCACUUAACAACUGUUUGCUUAGCAAUAGAAAUUUUGGGCUCAAUUAUGGUUGUAAGUCGAAGACUAUCUCUAUAGGAACAAACAAAAUAUUGACAUUGAGAUGGCUAGAAUUAAGUCUCUGUCAGUCUAAAUAGAACACAAAGAAGAGCUUAAUCUGAAGUAAAGACAGCAGUGUUUUUGCCACUGAAAUCAGGUCAAAAUCUGCUUCCUUAUUCCUUAAAACUAAGGUUCAGUAAAUGAAUGAAAAUAAAACCUGAACCAGUAGAGAGUAAAACUGCAUCCAUGUUCACAAAUGCCAGUAUUUUUAGACUGCCAGUGAUGCAGAACUAUCAAAUAUCAGCUAUAUAUUGCAACAGUCAAAUUCACUUAGAUAGGAAGUGAAGCACUGGAUUAAAAUAAUGAUGUGGUCAGGCACAGGUUUAAAUAUUUAUAAAGGAAACUGAACAAAUGUAGACAAAUAUGUGGUGAAUAUUAAGAUUCAUAUAAGAGAACUUUAAGCAACUUUAGCUGAAUUACGUCUUAAGUGCAUAAAAUCAAUUUUCAAGGGGUUUGGCAUAUCUGCCUAUUUUAUCUGGCACUGUAUGCUUUAAUUUGAAUAUUAUAUUGAAUAGGCCUGAGGAAAAAGUGCAUGGAAUAAAGAUUAUGCACACACACUUGGAAAUUUCUCUAUUCAUGUAUGUACACAUCUGCCUAACAUUGAAUAAAGUAAUGUACGUUGUGACUGCAAGAAAAAACAUGUUUAAGAUUUCAGGAUUUUGUACAUGUGUAUGAGAAUGAGGUCUUUAAUCAUAUUGCAAAUGUCCUAUUAAACUAUAUAUUUUGUGCUGAAAAUUUAAAAUAUGCAUUCUUAUCAGAUCAAAAAAACUGCCCCACUUCAUAUAGUUUAAUAAAUAUAUCUGUAGAACUGGUCCAGUAUUGAAAUAAACACCAUGGUUUUUUGAGUCA